GAGGCGGGCUGAGCAGGGCGGGGGUCCGUUUCUGGGAAGGGGAUCCCGCUCCGGGAGGGAUGCGUGCGGCGCUCGGGGGAUGCUCUGCGGGCACGGCCCCCUCUCCCACAUGCCCGGGGUCUCUCCUGCUGGCGGACCCGGAGGAGAAAUUCUUCCUGUAUGGAUCAGCCUUCUAGUGAUGGUGAAACUGGGAGAAGACCACUCUAAGCAAACACAGGAUGAUUCGGGUCCCAGCUGAUGCAGAAAAUGCUCACAGUAGCAGUGUGGAAUCUUGUCCUUCCUUGCGGGAUGUCCACUCCAUCAACCCAACGCAGCUGAUGGCAAGGAUUGAGUCAUAUGAAGGCAGGGAGAAGAAAGGCAUAUCAGAUGUCAGAAGGACUUUCUGUUUGUUUGUUACAUUUGAUCUCUUAUUCAUAACCUUACUCUGGAUAAUAGAAUUAAAUGUAAAAGGAGGCAUUGAGACUACGUUAGAGAAAGAAGUCCUACAUUAUGACUACUCCUCUUCAUAUUUUGAUAUAUUUCUACUGGCAGUCUUUCGGUUUAAGGUGUUAAUACUUGCAUAUGCAAUGUGCAGACUGCGCCAUUGGUGGGCAAUAGCUUUUACAACAGCAGUGACCAGUGCCUUUUUAUUAGCAAAAGUAAUUAUUUCACAGCUGUUCUCACAGGGUGCUUUUGGCUAUGUGCUGCCCAUCAUAUCCUUCAUACUUGCCUGGAUUGAAACUUGGUUCCUGGACUUUAAAGUGUUACCACAAGAAGCUGAAGAAGAAAAUAGAUUUUUGAUAGCACAGGAUGCUUCAGAACGAGCAGCUCUUCUUCACCCAGGAGUCCUCUCUGACGGGCAGUUCUAUUCUCCUCCUGAGUCUGUAGCAGGUUCUGAUGAAGACUCUGAAGAAAAACAAGACAGUGAAAAACCAAUUGUAUAGCGAAUAAGAAAAAGCAGAAAGAAAAUCUCUGCAGGAAGCUGUUGGGGUUUGGAAACUGGCAACAAGAGUCUGUGACUGACUUGCUGGCAGAGCUGCUGACAGGAGAGUUUACUCAUUAGAAAGUAAAGGGAAUGGUUCCCAUGUACUGUAAUACCUCAUGAAGAUGUACCUUGUUGACAUAUGUAUAUUAGGUUGCCUCCAAGGUGGUAUGAAAGUAUUUGUCCACAAUGUAUUUUAUUAUUCAGUGAUUCCUGAAGUUGAUCUUCUAAUGACUAGGUAAUUACUGGAAAGUGUUGUCUUGUGUACCUAAUCAAGAGACUGGUAAUAUAAUGAAGUAAAACUUCUCUGUGGUGGAAGUAUAUUUAAUAAUUGUUGGGUCUCAUUAGAUAAAAUUAUUUUAUGUUAUUGCAGUUUGUCAUUAGUUUAUGUUUACUUUUUUUUAACUCCAUGCAUUUUCUUUUUUUUUAAUGGAUAUGUUCACUUUCUAAAAUAAAAAUGUUAAAACAUGA